GCAGCUGCAAAGAGGAGGAAGGCGGGACAAUUUAGACAAAAACAGAAAAACGACCCACUGGAGGAAUGAACUAGGGCAUGAGUGCUUAUGAAGAUGGGUUAAAGCCACACAUGAAAAGAAGUAGGAGUGUAUGCAAAGGAAGGAGAGCGAAAGAGUGCGAGAGAGAGAGAGAGAGAGAGAGAGAGAGAGAGAGAGAAUGACGCUCUAGCAAAAGGUGGCUCCAGUAGGCAGUGGGCGUGUUCUUGUUGUUGUGAUCUAUAGUUGGGAAGCCCGAUGUCAUCUGCUUAAGCACAGACCGACUGUACAGACCUGUGUGGGGAGGAGCGAGCCGGCAGGGAAUGCCAUACGCACACCACUCUGCGUUACAUCCGUACCAACCUCCAGGGCACUGUGGAGCGGGAUUCCUUUCACCUGUUCACAAAACAUUUUGUGCGUUUGGACAUAUCAAAGCACGAGGAGAGACCUUCUGGGAAAGAAGCAUCCGGAAGACUGUGUGCGCCUGGCCUGCAACUGCAAGCGGAGUUUGAUGUGAGAGUGUUUGAGAGUGCUAGUGUGGAUUUGUGUCAUGCUUGCGGGUGCGGUCUGUUGCUACGCUGCGUCUUCCUUCUGUCUCUAGCAUGUGCAGAUGUGUGGAUCGGUGAAGCUGGCACCUGGCAAGGAGUUUGUCACCAUCUGGACUGGAGGGGUCGCAUCUCCCUUUUCCGCCGAGGGGGAGCUUCGGGCCGGGCUCCCAAUGGCCCAGCUCCCCUCUAGUUCUAGCCUUAUCCUGGGUCACAGUGACUCCUUCUAGCAAGUCAAUCAGUGGGGCCAUACAAUGGAUGGAUGUGUAUGUGGAUCUAAAUGGAAUAGUGGGCGGUUGCUCCAGAACAGGUCAGAGUUCACUAGCGUGCACUGGACUCAUCAGGAGAACACCGAAGACACGUUGGUCCAUAAACCAGCAGGGAUGCAGUCCCAUUAAUGCUGUGGAAACAUUUGAAGAAUGAUGAGCUCCAAAGAGGAGGAAACGCUCCGUUUUUUCCAGUAUGUUGAGGAGAAUGGGCUGAGAGCCUACAACGGCCUCGUAGCUCAAAACUUGGACCACGCCAGGAAUGAGCGAAAUAGGACAUUCCUGCAGGAGAAAAACGACAAGAAGAGAAAACAGGAGGAAGCCAUACGGAGGACAGGUGAGGACAUUGCGACCGAAGGCAAGCACUUACGUAUGGGCUCCAUUACAAUGCCGGACCCCCAGGAACGCAUGCCCAUGCCCCACCCUCAUGCCCUCGCCUGUGGGCAGGGCUUCUCCGUACGCUCCCAGUCCCUCCACUCUGUCGGCGGUGGGAACAGUGGGGGCGGAGGAGAGGAGGAAGUAGGAAGCCCAACCUCUAGGAAGCAGCCCCCACCCAAGCCCAGGAGGGACCCGGCCACCAAGCUGAGCAUGUCGUCUGAGGCGGUGGACCACAGUCCCACGUCCACCUGCCGCGGGGAGAGAUGUGACGCUCAAGGAUGCAGUGAGGACUGCAGGAGGGUGCCGCCACCCAAACCUAAGAGGAACCCAAACACGCAGCUGAGCGUCUCCUUCGAUGAGUCCUACAUCAAGAGCCACGGAGGCGGGGUUUGCUCCUCCAGACCCCUCCACCACGUCAACUCCCCCUGCGAACGCAACCACUCGCCUCCACAGAGUGAUGAGAGCCCCACGGACGACUGUGAAGAUGAACCCGUCUACAUUGAGAUGGGCGGCAUUGAUGUCGGCCCGCGGGAACCCCCGAAGAGUGAGGACGAGGAGCCGGGGGAGUCUGUGUACGAGGAGAUGAAGUACCCAGCUCUGGAUGAUAUGGAGUACCGCACUGACCCUGUGGGGUGUCGCUCCGCGUGCCCGACCCCGGCACCCUAUGACCCUGAACCUCUCAGCCGCUGCUCCACCCCGCGAAACAUUCCACUCUGCGACAUUCCUGCACCCUUUCCCAAUUUACUCACCCACCGGCCUCCGUUGCUGGUGUUCCCACCGGCGCCGGCCCAGUGUUCGCCCAACUCAGACGAGUCUCCCCUGACCCCUCUUGAUGUAACCAAACUGCCAAUGAUGGACAACCAAUCUUACAGCAAAUCCCCAACGUCCUCCAGCGAGCCACCCUCCUCCGCACACCUCCGCCGAGAGCUCACUGCCACCCCGACCCUCACCGUCUCUGGGCGCUCCUCUGCGCCACCUCUGGCCUGUACCCUCUACAAAUCCUCCUCCUCCUCAUCCUCCUAUCAGCGCAGCCACUCCGCGUGCCCGUCGCCAGUCAGCAUGGGCCGCUGCCUCACCCCUCUCAGCCUCAUGCGUACACCUCCGUUUGACGCUCCGAUGCCGUUCCCGGGCGGUCUGCCGCGGAGCGCCUCCGCCACCCCUCACGGCAAAGGCUCGCCACCUCAAGACGGUGUGGGUCGACUCCACGGGUCCAUGCAGAAUGUCUCAACGGGGCGUUCGCGGACACCUACCAGCCCGCUGGACGAACUCACCAACCUCUUCACGACAGGCAGGAACAUGCUGAAGAAGAACACCAGUGGCAGGAAGUCUAAAGAGCCCGGAGAGACCGAGUCCAAAAGCAAGUCCCACAGCGAAUCCAAGCGAGACGGCAAGGAGCGCCACAGCCACGGUCACAGCAAGGAGUCCAAGCGAGACUCCAAGGAUCGACACAGCAAAGAGUCUUCUCACCGGAGAGACAGAGACAAAGAUAAAGAGAGAGAGAAACACAAGGACAAAGACAGAGACAAACACAAGGACAAAGACAGAGACAAACACAAAGACAGGGACAGAGAUAGAGAUAAAGAAAAAGGAAGCAGCAAUGUAGAGCCUCUUCCAAACAGACGCAACAGUAAGGACCGUACUUACAGCGGUGCAGAUGCGCCACCUGUUCGCAGGGAUAGCAGGGACCACGGCUGCAGCAGUGCAGAGCCCCCCCCGUUGAUGAGAAGAGACUCCAAGGACAGAGGGCUCAGCAAUGGAGAUCUGAUGGUUAGGAGAGACAGCAAGGAUCGGGGCGGGGGUCAUGGAAUGGGGCCUUCGUUGAAACCGGACAGCAAAGAUAGAGAGAGACUGCUAGAGCAGCCGCCGGAGCUGCUACAAAGACAAGACAGCAAGGAAAGGGCCAGAAACGGUGUAGACAGUCGACAUGAAAGCAAAGAGAAACUGCUGGAUCAGCCACCCGAGCUCUUACCGCGACAGGACAGCAAAGAGAGAGCCAGGAACGGUGUGGACACAAUGCAUGAAAGCAGAGACAGGCCACCUGAGCUUCUCCCCCGACUAGAGCGCAAAGACAGAACUAGGACUGGAGCAGAAUUUAGGCAUGACAGCAAGGACCACCGUUCUGACUUAUUACCCCAACAGGAUGUCAAAGAGAAAGCGAGAAGCAACAUGGAACACAGACAUGAAGGUAGAAUAGAUCAGCCGCCUGAGAUCCUUCCGCGACAAGAAACACCCAGAAGCAGCAACAGCAAGGACAAAAUCGGCCACGGCACAGAAUUCAAGCAUGAGGGAAGAGAUCGAAGCUGCCACAACAGCGGAGAUCUCCCUCCUCUGCCCAGGCAGGACAGUAAGGAUCUGAGGACAACUGGACUCGAAGUGAGACGCGACAGCAAGGACAGAAGUCUGAACGGCUCAGAGCAGCAUCAUCAUUAUGAUGCCAAAACCACCAAGAGUCCCUCUGCAAUGGACUACAGGGGUGACAGUAAAGAACGAGGACACAGAUCAGAUGGCACGCCCCGACGAGAUAACAAAGCAAACUACAGCACGGACCAAUCAAUAGCACAAGAGAGGAAUGGUAGCACAGCGACAGGACAGCAUUCAACCACCACGACGCCCACUCACCACGGGAGAUCAUCGGGUAGCCCGCCAAUGACUGGGGGACCAGGAAAUGAUCUGAAAGUAGCACCUAAGUACGGCCGCUCACCUUCUAUGCCUGCCAACCCCUCCCCCAUGGGAACUCCUCAGAGGAAAGCAGCAGAGACGCAUAAAAGUCAGAUGCCCCAGAUGCCAUGGAUCUGCGGCGACACCACCAUGCUGGACCAGAUUGAGAGGAAACGCACCCUCUGCGUAGAGAUCCGCUCCAGACAACAUCCACACCUGCAGAGAUCUCUGGAGAGGCCUCAACCUCUGGACCGGACUGAGGACCGGCACCAGGAGCGGAGUCAGUGCAAGCAAGAAAGUGCGUCUGUCCUCCCCGGAUGGGGGAAAAGCGGCGGGGCCAAAAAGAUCCGUCCUCCCCCUUACCCUACACAGAAAACUGUAUCCUGGGACACGGCCAUCUGAGAGUAACCACACACUUGCCCCCCCGUGCCACUCUACCCCCUAGUUACCAAGUCCCUCUUCCCUCUGAGCUGUGCUGAUUCUUCCCAGCGACACCAGGGGCAUCAGAGCAGCCAAUGAGAGUCCGGGGGAUGAUAGUCGUUGAUGUUAAAGGACAAUGGUGGUUACCAUAGCAAUAUUUCUGCUCGUUCAGGUUGUCAUGUUUUCUUAUCAUCUCGGUGAUAUUUGAUAUUUUUCUAUUUCCUGUGACUGGAUUCUUGUAAUAUAAUUAGUAGUAUAGAUAUUUGAUGAAUAGAUAUUUUCUAAAUGAGAAGGGGAUUAAAAAGCAUCUUAAAUUAUGUAUGGAAGAUCAAGAUGUAACCUAAUGUUGGUUUUUAUUUCUAUUUGGUUUUGGUUAUUUUACAUUUGAAAGCAUAAUCUAUCAAUACUUGUACUGUAGUAGCAUAAUUUUCUUAUGCCCAACUGCUUUUUUUUUGUGCGCAAAAGCACCAAACAAUUCAAUUUUGUCUAUAUAUACUUUACAUUUUCACUGUUGUAAUGUAUGUUGAGGGGUUUAACGUCUACUUGCUUUAGAUCCUAGCGCCCUCCUUGGCUGGUCCAGUGCAGUAUGUUCUAGAAUGUACAACGCUUGGUCCUAGAACAGAAACAGGAAACAUUGUGUGCUUCAGUUUGUAUAUUACAGUAAGAAGCGGUGCAAUCACUACGUCUAAGCCUUUUGAAACGGUUGAAUCGUUUCAUAUGAAACCUGUUUUCUGGCAUGUUGUAUAGACAGAGAAAGUGUGAAAUGCUGUAUAUAAUACACUAUGAGGGUGGGUUGAGCAGGUAGUAAAUUAGAACAUACAUUAUUAACAGUAUAAUUUUCCAAACCAGCCAAAGCCUGUUGAAGCGAGAUAAGCGUGUGGUUGCACUUCGGAUUGUUGGUUUGUCUGAAACGGGGUAGGUGGCAGUAGCUGGCGGAGUUCUAGCGCCAUUACUUUGCCAGGCACACUGCGGGCACCACGACACAGUGUAAAUACUCGAUGCCAACAACCAGCCCGUACAAUCAACACCUGAGCUUUUAGAGCAUUUCUUGAUUUUUACUGCAGAUUAUGAUAGCCAUAUGCACUUGCUUAAGAAAUAAACUUUCAAGAUUAUGCUUAUAUAUAUAUUUUUGAAGAUGUUAAAAAGAUAGCUGUGCCAUGUCAGUUUUUAAGUUAUUGGCAGGGAGGUAAAGCCUCAGGGGGCUGGCUGUGUGCGACAUGCAGUCAUCUGCAAUUGGUUGUUUCUUACAAUGUUCCCACUUAAAUUGGAUGGCAACCAUUUUAGCGAUCAAAACGUUUAAGGACCUAUAACAUGGCAACAGCUCUACCCUGUCAAGCAGACAGAGGUUGCACAACGGCCUGUACAUCUUUGAGGCUUUGUAAAAUAAUCUGCACUACCCAUCAUAUUUCGACACAUUUAAUCAGACUGAUUACAUUCUUGGCCUCCCCCCCUCCCUCUACCUCAACCUUCUUCAUACAUCAUCCAAAUGUGUUCUCUUCAGCACAUUAAAAUGCAAUGUCGACAUUGCCAAAAGAGUGUGGGUUUGACAAAUGAGCAAGUCCUCCGAAUGCAAGUGCAGUACCCCCUCACUGGUGAGAAUCAAUGCUACAGAGGUCCCUCUGUGUUGUACCUGUGUGUGUCUGUGGGAGGGAGAGAGCUGUGUGUGUGUGUGCGUGAUUGUUUGUGUCUGUGUGCCAAGAUACACUGUAUGCAAGUUGAAUCUUUAAAAAUGAUUGUUUAAAGACAUUCACUUUGCCCUAUCCAUGAAGUUGGCAGGUGGAGGUUGGAAAUGUAAUAAUGAUGAUGAUGUACAAUCUUUUGUGUGUGUAUAAAAUGUGCACUGUGAAAAGGUAGAGAGAGCACCGCACCGUCAGAGUCCUCUGUCUUAUUGCACUGAGUGUCCUCUUGUUUUGCGUAAUAAAAAGAAAAGGAAAAAACAAUGUUUGAGGAAAAAAGUACUGUAUUCUGAUUGUCACUUGGGUUCUGUUGAGAGAAAUAAAUAAAUAUGAACUUGAAACCC